CGUCUGAAACCACGGCGCACAGUGUUCGAGACCAAUUUGGUCGCUUUUCGGUCAAAGUUGUAAUAAACCGUUUGAAGCCCGCGAAGCUAAUUAUCCUCCUCGAGAGAUCCAGAACCAUGAAGCACGCGACUAGGAGCGGCCAGGGGGCGAUAGCCUUGCUGCUGGUGGUGCUGGGAACUCUGCUGCAGGGUACAGCAGCCGAGCCAAACCCAGACCUCGGUAUCAAUUUAAGGAUCCCAGCAACGUCGACUAUAGCGACGGCAGCUAAGGACAUGAAGACAACCUUUGAUGAUCUCGAUGCGUACAACACCCCGCUUGUGAACGACUAUCCGGCGAUGGUCAAAAUAAAAACGGGCAUCACCAAUAUUACCAUCGGUAUCGCCGCCGGCGGUAUGGCACUGGCCGAUCAAGUACUUUAUCUUACCCAGAACAACUCAAACAACGUAAACGCUGCGUUCGCACCGGUUUUCGCGAGCAUCGUAUCAUUUCGUAAUCUGUUGCAAACUGGACUUACCGUACCGAUGGCCGCAAUCUCUUCGCAGAGCAAUAUCACGCGGGACAAGCUGAACAUCAACUUCAGGGAUUUAGUUACACGGCUCAAUACGCUGAAUUCUACGAUGGAAGCUCUGAGAGCGGGGCUAGCAGCUGCCCGCACUGCAUCUGUAACCUCGCCGCCCCUAAACACAAACCUUCUUAACAAAUUCGUCUUUCCCUAUCAUUACACCGAUGUGAAGGAUGCGUUGUUGGCGAUUAAAGCGACCAUUGGGUCCACAACGAACAUUGCCAGGGAGCUGAUAGAUAACAUCAAGGAUGCCGACGAUUUCAUCACUACCGCCAGUGAUGCAGCGCUGAGCGAAAUGGACACUGUGACUCUUACUGAUCAGUCGUUUGAAGGAGAAUUGAUCAAUAUCGGGGCCAGCAUCAAUGUGGCGGUAACGGACAUGGUGGAUCAGUUGUACAUCCCGCAAACCGAAAUUCUAACCACGAGCAAGAGCAUGCUGGAGAGCAUCAGCACCUACAACUCGAGCUUCAAACCUACGCUCAUAACGCUUAACACGACACUGAACAACGCGUAUAAUUUCGAAGGACUGUUUACGAACUACACCGUCACGUUGAAUAGAUCAAUUGCGUCCACCGCCUCGAUUGAUAACCUAUUCAAACAAGAAUUUUGCCCCGUGAUCUUGGCCCAGAUCCGUUCGCUGCUCGCUUCCGGUCCUUAUGCUACCUUUUGCUAUAAAAAGUAUUCCGACCUUUUGACAAACCAGUUCUCGAUUACCUCGUACGACCAAGUCGAGUGUAAGGACAUUGAGCAAACGCGCCUGUACACGCUACAGCAGAUGACGGAUCUGAUCGUACGGAUGAUUAUCUACGAUGUGGAAAAUCUAACGGAAGCGGUCAGUGUCUGCCUAAAGCUGUCGGACGGUUCUCAUUGCGUCACUGCGAUGGGCACACACUACCAAACGCUCACUUCGACGGUCCAGGGCAAGUUGGCCUACCUCCAGGAAUACACCAUGCAGGAAACCGGAUUCACUCUGCAGCGCCUUAGCUUGUGCGUUACAGCAGCCAAGUUCGCGCAGGUCAUUGCGGUCGAGGGCUUGAGGGUAGACAUGGCGAGCUGUGACAUUAGCGGAGCCAACGCUGUGUAGUAAACGAGUUGCGUUCUUCGAUAAAUAAAAGAGGUUUCCGCCUCCUAUGA